AGGGCGGAGCGACAGAGGGAAUGUACGAGAGUCAGGCAUGGGCGGGGAAACUCGAACAAAUAGCAAUCAUUGCGCAGCGCAGGAAAAUGGGCUUGUGAAGGUCGAGUACUUCAGAGUCAAAUGCGAGUAGACAUGGACGAGGAGCGAGGGAGCAAAAGUAAUAAUAAGAUGUGAAACAGGCUGGCCCGUCAACUGGGAACCGGAUGUUUCGAGGACAUGCACGGUCCCAGGGGAAGCCCAAGAUUAAUAAACGGACAAUUGUUUAGUUUCGUUUAACUCGAACUCAAUAAUGGGCGUGCGAGUUGUCAUUGUCACUACGAAUUAAUAUUAAUCAAUAUUUAUGGCAGCCAUUGGUUCAGCCUGGGUUAGGCCUGGCGGAAACGAAUCCACCGACUCUUUAGUACUUUGUGAUUGUCACGCCUCCCUCCAAGUUGUACGCGGCGAGGCUCUCGAACGCCUGCGGACAAACGAGUUUCAGCCUUCCCCACUUCCCAAACUCUUGGGAUUCAUGGGCACUGGCACCCGGCGCUCACGGACACAGCGGCCUGCGGUACUUUUCCCUCCAGGCCCCCAGGGCGACGUUGGCGGUGGGAUCGCAAGCUCGGACUUCUAUCCACAUCCACCGAACACCGCAUCAAGGGUGUCUUACGACAGACGGAAGUCUCGACUGACAAGCCUCCGAAUCACAAAUGUCGAUCUCCAUCAUAUCAUAGCACCGGAUGAUAUGACAGCGCGUCAAUGCGCCGCCCGUCUGGGUCUCUCGGCCGUCGGCCCAGGACUCAGGCACCCAUUUGCAUCACCUCAGGCGCAACGAUCACAUUCCACACCUAUCAUCGCCACCUCCAACAGCUGCAGCAGUUGGAGCCGAAACAGACCGUGCAGCAAUCGAAGACCGUCACACGUUAUGGCUUCAGCCGUCUUGCAUCGCAAGCUUCGCAGCAUCUCGGGCCACCAACCCCAGACAGCCGAGUCCUUCCAUGAUAGGCAGGAGCAGCACCAAGAAACCGGGCCAGCUUCCAGCCAAGCAGGCUAGCGGUGAAUAACAACCCUUUCAGAUGCUUCGAAACCGUCUCACGUAGCCCCGCACGACUGGGAUGGACUCGAUGGAGAGAGGAUGGUUUCCGAGAAGAGUAGGGAGCGACACGCGGACGGGCUAUCGGUCCUCUCCGGAUGAUUCAACGACCCAGUGCAGUGGGAAGGGACUGGGGAAAACAAGGCCUUUAUCCCAAUCAGACCAAAAGCUUGACGAUGUGCUGUUCGAGUCUGACGGGAUUUGAAAUA